AUGGCAGACAGUUAUUCCAAUUCACGUGGCAUCGCCCUUUGCAUCCGUUGUCACUACCGCGCCUGGACCCUUCUCCUUUUUCAUCAUCACACCUUGGUCCAACCAGCCGCCACCAUUAUCCCUAAUUCAACUGGCCCGACCACACGCUCCCCCCAUCAUGCCCCCCUGCCCCGUUGCUCUAUCAAGGUCAACAAAUUGAAUACAGCCAGCUCCUCAAUAUGGGUGUUAUACCGCUUCCUUCUCGCAGCCCUUCUUGCCGACCAGCCUCGCACCUUCUUCUUGAUUGUCACCCACAGCAACCUCAACUCUUAA